AUGUCCUCUCCGUCUGCCGUCGCUGACCUCUUAGCCGCCCUUUCAUACCGGCUUCAGAACGGAAAUCCAGUCCGCGAAGAAGAACUAAACGAGUCUUCUUCAUCUAUGGGACGAGCUAUCUCGGAGCUUAACCGAUCACUAACUCUGGACACCAACGGCGAUAAUCCUGGGGUUAGGGUUUUGGAAGCGGUGUUAUCUCUAAUGUGCUUCAAGGCACCUCAGGUUUUUGAUUCGGCGAUUGAGUAUUUGGUGAAGACUAUUGUCUCCGUCUUAUCAUCUUCAAGCAGUUGUAAGGGGAUUAGGUAUCACAACGAGGAAACCUUACAGUUUGGGAUCUCGUUUUUACCUCAGUGUUCUGAAGAACUGAUAGAAAUCUCUAAGGACAUUAUUGAUAAGUUGGGGGCAAAUGGUGGACUGGCUACACUAUUGUUCCAAGCUGUUGUGAGAUCAGCAGCUUCAACAUCAUGCAGAGCUAGAAAGUUAGAUGGUGGAAGGAAUAUGGGUGUGUCUAAACUUCUUGCUUACUUACCAAGAGAAUCAUCUAUAGAGAACCACGAGAUACCUCUGAGGAUCCUGUUCUGGUAUCAAGAUCCAUUGUCUUUGAAGGAAGACGUUUCCAGAAUCUUGAAAGAUGUGGCGGAGAGGCCUUUCCUUUGUCUAAAGAAGGAGCUCUUCGAGAGAGCUGAUUGGCGCGAGAUUGUCGUCUGCUUAGCACUUUCUCCUUCUAUGUUCAUCAACGCCAGAGCUCUCUUACAUAAGUGGUUUUUGCUUACUGGACUUGCUUCUGUCUUUGAAUUACUUGCCGCUUUGGUUUCUGCAAUAGUGGAAACAAUUUCAAGACCAACGUUGUGGGGUAUACCUAUGGAACUUGCUGCCAUGUUGCCAUUCUCUGAUGCAUACUUUCCUUACCAGUGUCGUUUUCUGAAAAUCUUGGCUGGUCCUCUUACCUCCAACUCCCUAGUAAUGUUAGCUCAUACUGUCAGCAAAUUAUCUGCUGUUCCUGAGCGACAACGAAAUGGUGCUAAUUGCAAACCUACUCCAUUAAAUGUCCAAGCAUUAGAUGACAAAACUGAAUGGGCUUUGGCUAUUAACUUCCCAGGCUGGUUUUAUUUUGCUUCUGCUAUGCUCUUCUCUGGAGGAAGUUCGUUAGAAUAUAUUCACCAUAGAUACGCCUCACAAGUGAGUAACAGUAUACAACCAAGUAACAGUAUACAACCAUGUGAUGUGGAAGGUCUCUCCGUUUCUGCGGCAACAUACAUUGCUUGGAUUCUGAACCCUGCGAGUGGAACCAUUCAAGAAUCACUAGCUAAGUCUCUCAUCAGAGUCUCAGAGAUCUGUAUCGAAAAAAGCUGCCAGUCAGAAGAACAUCGUAGUGAGACUAUAACUGGCAAGAGAAAGAAACCAGCUUCCAGUAUUGUGGAUGACCUGGUCAGAGAAUUUCACAAUGAGAUCACCAAUUCGUUUUCUUGUGUACUAGAUUCUCAUAAAACGCAUACAUCUUCCAGCUCAAACCUCCAAAAUAAUAUGUUGGUAAGAAGAGUGGUGGUUGGGGUACUGGUUGGCUCUCCAUAUGCAUUAACAGAUGAUGAGUAUGAACUGGUACUGCACUAUGCUGCAACUGGGAAACUUCUAGCCAUCAAGAAGUUGCGGAGUAAUGGUUCCAGACAAGUAAAGGGAAGCUCUAAAACAUCCAUGUUGCUGUGUAAUGAAAUAACCAAGGAGGAGGCUAUUGAAGGCACACGCCUUGUUUUCAACUUAACCGACACGUUGGAGAGUAUGUGUGUAUCAAGCUUUGAAGCUGAAGAGGACGCACAAGAGUUUAUUAACAACUUUAAGCUGAGGUCCAGCAAGUAUUUGGUUAAAUGCAUAGACCGCAUGAUUCAACUUCACUGUGAAGAAGAUGGAGAUCUAUUACUAAACGACAUAAAUGUCAGACUGGAACAUUGGUCGAUUAAAGGACCAGAAGAUCCGCAGCUCAGGGAAGAUCUUGAUACCAUUGCUGCUAAACUGGCCUUCAUAUUCUCACCCUUCUAG